UUUAAGUAGCAGGAGCUAUUUUCAGGCUGUCGAUUGGAGCUCUAAAAAGGCACCUCUGAGUAUCGAAUAGUUGAAAUUUCAGUGGAGGUUUACCCCUAUUGGGUGCAAGUCCAACUUCUGUAUUUUCCUACUCUAUUCGAACGAUGUUCAGACCGAGGGCCAAAAGCUCGCUAAACACAGCUUGUAAUUGCACCAAGCAAUUUAGCAAUUAAUUACUGAUAUUAAUAAUUCCACACAUCGGACCGCUUUUUGCACUACUGACGCAUAAAUCGACACAUUCGCAUGGAAAUUCUCCGACAACCAGUCCAAAUAGUUUACAUUUGAAUGGUGCCUGCAUUCUCAUGGUUCCAAGCCGUUUCCGGACGAGUAGCUAAAGAGAAUUAGCUUAGAAGAUGUUGAAAAUCGCCUGGACGUUGUGUCUAGUGGCCAGUGCAUUUUGCGGCUUAAUGCCUGCCAAUAUUAUGCCGAGGGUUCUUCUGCAGUUCGAAUAUCGGGAAUGUGUGCCCGGGGAAAAAUGCAUUGACAUCAAACAGUGCCAGUUUUUUACCGAUCUUCUAGACAAAACGCCCAUUCCCAGACCGAGAAGCAUCAUCAGAAUCAUCCAGAACCAUCAGUGUGGCUUCGAGCAUAAAAUGCCCAAAGUUUGCUGCAGCAGUCAUUCAGCUCCAAGAACCUCCGUGACAGCAACAACAUCAACGGAAGAACCUCCAUCGACUAAUCGCUUGGUGGCGAACCAUUUGGAGAACCAUCGGAACUACCGUCGGUUGCCCAUGGAUCGUUGUGGGCCCAUUUCCAGGCAACUGCUGGCCAAUCGCAUCACGUCUGGACAGAAAACCGUGCUGGAGGAGUUUCCCUGGAUGGCGCUCGUUGCCUACAACACACCAGG